AGUAUGUUUAGUUUUUCCCUUAACAUAAUCCAUGCAGAUGAGGAAGCAGCUUCUUAGGGGCAUUGGAAAGACAGGCACAUCCUAUUAUGUCCUGCUCAAUGUGGAUAUUUGAUGCUCAGGGGCUUUUUGGGCCCCACACCUGGGGACUCCUUCUCACAGUUCCGGUUUGCUGAGGAGAAAGAAUGGGAUGGUGAAGCUUCUUGUCCAAAACAGAAUUCAGCUCUUUACGUCAAUUGUGAGUCAUUGGUUCGAGCACUUCAAGAGCUGCCACUCUCACUCCGACUCAAUGUUGCUGCUGAGCUGGUUCAGACCACAGUUCCUUCAGAGCUUCCUCAGACAAAACCAAAGAGAACUGAUGACAGCAAGGGAUCAGGGAUGCAGUUAAAGGGGCCCUUGGGGCCUGGAGGAAGGGGGCCCAUCUCUGAGCUGAAAUCCAUCACUGCUGGCUGCCCUGUGACCCUGGGUAAAGACAGCCCAGGACUGGGUUCUUCAGGAGGUUCUCAGAAACCUGCUGCCCCACUGCAGUCAGCAGCAGACCAUUUGGAGGAAGAACUAGAUCUGUUGCUUAAUUUAGAUGCACCUGUAAAAGAGGGAGAUAACAUCUUACCAGACCAGGACCGGAAAUCUGAGCAAGAUGGGAAGGUGGCCCAAGAGGAGAAAGUUUCUGCAAAACCAUCUGUGACUGAAGAAAAGAACAUGGAACCUGAGCAACCAAGCACAUCAAAAAAUGUCACUGAGGAAGAGCUGGAAGACUGGUUGGACAGCAUGAUUUCCUAAAAAAAAAAAGAGAGAGAGACAAAAAGUGCCUGAAGCAAAUUUUGGUUGCCUUCUAAGCAAGGGAGGGCAUAAGGCUGUCCUUCAGGAACAGCUAGUUUACAAGUGUGCCCCAAGGCAGUGUGUUCCAUAAUGCUUUCAGCAGUAAAUGCCUACCUCUAUAUUUGACAACAUCUGAAAUAAUAUGCUGAAGAAGCUUGUUGCAUUUGUUUUUCCAGCUUAGUCAUCUAAUAAAGUUCCUUAAGGGCAGGGGAUGUUAUGGCCUUUGUUUCCUGCCUCCCUUUCUGCAGUGUUCACAGCAUAGCAGAUGCUGCUACUGAUUAAGAGACUAGAUGCAAAUAACAAGGCAUGCAUAUGGCCAAAAUAAACAAAUGCUGGUCUA